AUGGUUCAGGCACAACUUGCAUUUUGUAAGUUCAUGGUGAAGCCUUCCAUAAUAUUGGUGCUAGAUGAGCCAACUAAUUACUUGGAUAUACCUUCCACAGAAAUGCUUGAGAUUGAUUUUCUGAAUUUUGAUAAUGAAGUUGACAAUGAUGUUGAAGAACCUGAUGAAGAUUUGAGUGACACUGAAGAAAACCGUUUAGUUGAUGAUAGGCUGUUGCAAAAAUAUCUCCAAAAUAUAUUUAAUAAGGAAGAAGAGAAUAGAAGAAAGGCUCUUCGUAUGAACAGCCUUUUAAAUGGGAAAACUUGCAAGGAGGCAUCAAGAAUGUUUUUCAAAACUUUGGGGAGAGUCAACAUGCCACUUGUACAAGCUCUGCUUUUAACCUCACAAUUUACUGCUGGGAAGAAAAUCAAGGAUGAUUUCCUUAACACUUCAGUUCAAGAUUUGGGGACUGCUGUAGACAUGCAGAUGCAAAUGGUCUUGAUGGUGGGUCGUUCCAGAAGGUUUGGGCAUCUUGGGUUGGCUGUGAAUUUCAUAACCUUUGAAGACAGAUUUAACCUAGACGAAGUGACAACACUUCCAAAGAGGCAAAUAAUAUUGCAACUGCAGGUAAAUCCCGAACAUUGGACACAAACAAACUGUAAAGAUUACACAGAUGCAUUAAAAAAAGAUGCUGAUUUCAGUGAAAAGCAAGCUAAACUUGGUGAUGGAGACUAA